AUGUCCGAGACUCCGUUCCCUGUCCCCAAUGCCAUCACUCCUUACUGGCGCAAGGAGCUGCACCCUCUCGACAGCCAUCAGAGUUCCGAAACACUGCCGAUGGAACAGGACAUUGUCAUUAUUGGCGCCGGAUACUCCGGUGCAGCUCUGGCGUACUACCUCUUGGAUGGCACCGAUCCCUCAUCACGUCCGACUGUCACGAUCCUCGAAGCCAGGCAAGCAUGCUCGGGCGCAACAGCCCGCAACGGCGGUCAUGUCAGGCCAGAUCUCUAUGCCGGCCUUCCCGCUCGUGCCAAACGAUAUGACCAAGAGACAGCGGAUGAGAUGGCGCUGUUUGAGCUGGCCAAUCUUCAUGCCGUGAGAGACCUAGUUCAGGAAAAGGAGAUUGAUUGCGACUUUCGGAUGACUACAUCCAUGGCUGUCUUGAGAGACCCGGCACUUGCAAAGCCAAUCAAAGAAGGGCUGGAUGAGCUCCUGCAGUGGGGUUCGCCAACGGCAAAGCUUGUUCAUUACCUCGAAGGCAAGGAGGCCGCGACAUUCUCUGGCGUGAAGGGUGCAACCGCUGUCUUUUCGUUCCAGGCGGGCUCAAUCUGGUAUAGUCUGCUAUCAUCCUCUGUCGACAAGGGAGCCCAGUUGCACACUCACACGCCCGUAACCAAAGUUUCCGACUCCCAAGAGGGCGGCUUCUGGAACGUAAAUACGCCCAGAGGUGUCAUUAAGGCAAAGACGGUCAUUUAUGCUUCCAAUGGGUAUACGUCAACGAUCCUCCCAGAGUACAAGAACCGCAUCAUCCCCGUCCGCGGGAUCUGCAGCCAUGUGGGUGCUCCCGACGGCGCCGAGCAUCCACAUCUCCCCAUGACAUAUUCGCUACGACAUGGUACCAAUCUAUACGACUACCAAGUCACGCGGCCGGACGGUAGCGUUGUCGUCGGCGGCGCUAGGACCGAGGUCAUCCCACGCGUAAAGGAAUGGUACAACGUCUGGGACGAUUCGAAGCUCAUUGAACCCGCUGCUCACUACUUUGAUGACCACAUGCAGAGGAAUUUCCGUGGGUGGGAGAACAGCGGGGCCAAAGUUAACAGUAUCUGGACGGGAAUCAUGGGGUACACCAACGAUACAUACCCCCAUGUCGGGCCUGUUCCCUCAAAACCGGGGCAAUAUAUCUGCGCGGGUUUCAACGGGCAUGGCAUGUCAUUCAUCCUGUUGACAGCCAGGGGGUUGGCAAAGAUCGUACGGGAUGGUGUGCCGUUUUCGCAGUCUGGUGUUCCGCGCUUGUUUGAGACGAGCGAGCGUAGACUUCAGGAGGAAAAGAACGAGUUGCUCGGGUAACUCGCUGGGCUAACCUCAUAUGGCACAUCCUGCCCACGCCGAAUGAUGUAUAGCAUAGCUCAUCAUAAAGGAACAUUCGCUUCAAUAUCGAUACGAGAGCUCACUCUUACGAGUAUUCGGGACACUGAAAGGCGAAACAUGUCAAGCACAGAAGCUCUAGAUGAUGAAGCGGCAGCUUCUAAUGCAUAUUGAAAACUCUGCCGAAGGAUCGGGUUGGCGCUGCACAAUUGCGGCGUUGUCAGCAGAUGCCGACUGGAACUAUCGUGUUCCGGGUCCGGCCGAAUCCCUGCUCCAACCGUGCGACGCGGCAUCGGACGAUGAUCAUAUCUGCAAGGCUGAGCCCAAAAUCGAUUUCUAAUACGUUCAGCUGCAUGCAGAUUUGACAGGGAGGCUAGUUGGGAAUGGUCAUGUGUGUUGUCUCCGUUUAUUUUAUGGGAAUCGUUGUGAAUGUGCGUUGUUGGUGGUUCUGUUCAUCGAACGCCUCCAGUGAGAUACA